GGACAUGGGCUUCUUCAUCAUCUCUUUCAUCUUGCCAUCUUAAAGAAGAAGCAUCCAUCAACACACGUACAGGACUGAAUUUUUCCCCUCACUUUAUUCAAAAUUCUUGGACCAAUCUUGGUGAUCUCCUUCGAUUCACUUUGAUUGUUCCAAGUUUAGGGUGAAACAAUGGGGUUGGAGUUGUCAAAGAAAGGGCAGAAAAGCCCAGAAAGCAAGAUGAAUAUGGUGGUGAGGUGUCUUUGGAAGAACUACAUUCGCAAUCUUGUGUCGAAGAAGAGGCGGCGGAUGCUCGUUGCUGGCUACGAUCUCGACAUGACUUACAUCACCGAUCGCAUCCUCGCCAUGUCCUUCCCCGCCGAGCGCAUGCGUGCCAUGUACCGCAACCCUCUUUGGCAGGUUAAGUCUGCGCUCGACACGAGCCACCGUGACCACUAUAAGGUGUACAACUUGUGCAUAGAGGAGGACUAUGACCCUUUGCAUUUCAAUGGAUGUGUGGAGAGAUUCCCAUUUGAUGACAACCAUGUCCCACCACUAACAAUGGUCAAGGAAUUUUGUGAGAAUGUCCAUGCUUGGCUAGCAAGUGAUCCUAAAAACAUUGCAGUUGUGCACUGCAUGGCCGGAAAAGGUCGAACCGGCUUGAUGGUUUCUUGUUACCUUGUCUACACCGGCAUGCCGGCUGACAAGGCUUUACACUUGUACGCCGAGAGGCGGACCACCAACAAUGAAGGAGUAUCGAUACCCAGCCAACGUCGUUAUGUUGGAUACUGGGAGAAAGCAAUAUCCCAAGCUGGGGGAUUGGAUCUUGCUUCUUCUCCAUAUGUAAAUCUGCCUCAGCCAUGCACCAGGGAGCUGCAACACAUCCGCCUCUACGACACCGCCGGCAUCAGCCAGGUGUUUGUCGUCGUGUCGGAGCUCCAAGAGAUACCAGAGCAGCGCUAUCGGCCUUCAGUUGAAGUCUCGAAAACAUGUUGUAGGAGGAUCGGAACGGAUAACGAGAAGUCAUACGAGUCCCGAUACUAUUACUCGUUCGUGGAGGGCAACGACGAGCAGAAGGAUGAGGAGCCACGCUUGGUUGUCCAGAUGGACACCGAAAGCUCCAUUAUCUACAAGAAGACCUGUCUCGGCCAUCACUACGAGAAGCCACUGCCGUUGACUGGAGACAUGCGCAUAAUUUUAUACGAGAAGCUGAUCGGAGGGCGCCUCUUCUACGUGUGCUUCAACACGGCCUUCAUAACGGGCAGUCUGCUUCAGUUCUCAGUUAGCGAUUUAGACAAAGUAGGGCAGAAGGGGCGCUCGAUCUGCGGCCCUUCGUUCUGCUUGGAGUUGUUCUUUGGUCCGUCAUCAAAUGCCAGCUGUUCGAUGCCUGCGAUCGCAAACGUCGACGAGAUUCAGCGCUGUGGAUGAGUUAAAUGGCCAAAGCAUUCCAAAUUACGGUUGCAUUUUUAUGCAAAAUGUGACUGCUAUUUCUGUUCAUGUCAUUUUUGUUAAAAAGCCAUCACUGAAUCGCCAAUUCCCAACUGCGUGCAUUUGGCCGUCUCUUCUUGAAAUACAACAUUUUGUAGUUAGGAAUUAUCAUCAUCAA